AUGGCAAUUGAAUUGACAUGUCCUUUGGGAGAUAUCCCCGAUGAUUUGAAAACCCCAAUCCAGAAAUGGUUAGCUCAAGACAAAAAUAUUGAAACAAUAGAAGAAGUUAUCAAUUUAUGCAAUGAUCAUAAUUGGACGGAAUUACAUAGCAGGUUUGACAAAAGAAUUACUUUUGGUACCGCUGGUUUGAGAUCUAGUAUGGAAGCAGGUUUUAGUAGAAUGAACAGUUUGGUAGUCCUUCAAACAACACAGGGUCUCGCCACAUAUUUGAAGAAAAUAAACCCCAAAAAUUUAACAUUUGUUAUUGGUCAUGACCAUAGAUUGCAUUCAAAGGAAUUUGCAACUGUUACUACUGCCAUUUUCUUGAAGGCAGGUUUUAAAGUUUAUUCUCUAAAUCCUGAGGAGGAAUUGGUUCAUACACCACUUGUUCCAUUCAGUAUUGACCAAUUGGGUGCAGCUGCAGGUGUUAUGAUUACUGCAAGUCACAAUCCCAUGAUGGAUAAUGGUUAUAAAGUUUAUUACUCUAAUGGUUGUCAGAUAAUCCCACCUCAUGAUCAUAAUAUCGCCAAGUCUAUAAACGAAAAUUUGGAACCUUGGGUUGAUAAAUGGGAUUGGAAGGUAUUGCUGGAUAAAGGUCAAGAAGAAGGUAUGUUGAAAUAUGUUAAAGAAGAUAUGACCACAAAAUAUCUGCAAGCUGUAGGUAAGCAGCUAGUAGAUAAGGAGCUAGUAUCAAGACUAUCCAACCUUUCAAAUAAGCCAUGGUUUGUAUAUACUCCUAUGCAUGGUGUUGGUCACGAGAUCUUCGAACGAAUCACUGAAGGAUUAUUACAUUUGAAAGAUGGGAAAGAUUAUAUUUGUGUUCCUGAACAAGUAGAACCCGAUCCGACUUUCAGAACAGUUAGCUUCCCAAAUCCUGAAGAAAAGGGAGCCCUAGAUUUAGCAAUUGCGCUAGCAGAAAAGGAACAUAUACAUCUAGUGCUUGCUAAUGACCCAGAUGCCGAUAGAUUUUCUAUUGCUGUCAAAGAUAUUAGGAAAGGUGUCUGGAAACAGAUAUCGGGUGACUCAAUCGGAUUUUUAUUUGCAACAUAUGAAUUUCAAAAGUAUCAAAAGCUUGAUGAAGACUUUAAAAAGAAGCAUCCACUUGCAAUGGUUAACUCUACUGUGUCUUCGCAAUUAAUAAAGAAAAUGGCAGAGGUGGAAGGAUUCCUUUAUAAUGAUACAUUAACAGGUUUUAAAUGGAUUGGUAAUAGAACCAUAGACCUUGAAAACGAGGGUUAUUAUAUACCAUUAGGAUAUGAAGAAGCCCUGGGAUAUAUGUUCCCUACAAUGGAGCAUGAUAAAGAUGGUAUAAGUGCAUCCACUGUAUUCUUACAAUGCUAUGCCAAUUGGAUUUUGGAUUUCAAAAAAUACCCAUUAGACAUACUUGAAGAUGGAUUUAAAAAAUACGGUUACUUUAAGCAAUAUAAUGGGUACUAUAAACUCCCAAAUCAAGAGUUAAUUCAUGAAAUUUUUGAUUUCAUUAGAAACAAGUAUGAACCUAAUGGAACAUACCCACAUAUUAUUGGUAGCCAAUUACAUGUCACGACAUUUAGAGAUUUAACUAUUGGUUUCCAAUCUGAUACGCCAGAUAAUAAACCUCUGCUACCUGUUGACUCUACAUCUCAGAUGAUUACUGUAACUGCUACCCCAUCUUAUGUUGAAGGAAAUGAAAAUAUCAGAUUUACUAUGAGAGGUUCAGGUACAGAACCAAAAUUAAAGGUUUAUAUCGAGGCUUCUGCAGAAACAAAAACAAGAGCAAAUUACUUGACAAAAUUGACAUGGGAAAUUCUGAAAAAAGAAUGGUUUAGACCAGAUGUUACGGGCCUGAAGACUGAUUUUUAA